AGCGCUCGUAAAUAAUAAUUUUAUUCGCUUUGGCAGACAAUGGUGAAUGGCAGUGAUGUUGGACCUGCUUCCUUUCCAUCAGAGAAGCACCUUUUGGUUAGAACAACAGUCAUGAUAGUUUGUAGCCUGUCCAUGAUAGGAGCUAUCUUUGUCAUCCUUUCUUAUGUGUGCUUUAAGUCUCUCAGGAGCCAAGCUAGACAAAUACUGGUCAAUCUAUCACUGAUGGACUUUGGAAUUGGUGCUGCUAACUUCUUUGGGGCGAUAAUCAACUUUGAUCAGUAUUACAAGGACAUGAAUAAUGGGACAGUACUGACUGGUACACAUGCAAUGGACUCUUUAUGCAAGACUCAAGCAUUCAUUGCAUUGCUUACUACCUAUUGUUCUGUGUUUUGGACAACCUCACUGGCAGUAUACAUGUAUAGUCUGGUCUUUCUAAACUUGAAGAGUACAAAAAAGAUGAGACUCUGUUUGCCAGCAUGCUAUGUACUGUGCUAUGGUUUAGGAAUAGGUCUAUCAAUUUGGCUUAUCCUCACCAAUCGUCUUGGCCAUUCGCCGUACAACUCUUCUGGCUGGUGCAGCAUAAUCAUAAUUUCACCUGGAAACAAGAAUGUUGACUUUAUGGCAGCUGUCUUUGGAUACGAUCUCUGGAUAUAUUUAACAUUUUUCAUUUGUGCCGUCGUAUAUCCUAUUUUGAUACUACAAAUGAAUAUUGAGUUCAAGGGUGCCAUACAACUCAUUGGCUCCAAAGCCUUUUGGAAGAAAGCUCUAGAGUUUCUCAAUUUCAAGCUCUUUCUCAUCCCCAUAGCUUUUCUUCUACUCAGGAUAUGGAGUUGUAUAGUUAACAUUGUGUUUGUUUAUUGUGGUGUGGAUCCUGACUCUCUACCCCAUUGGGUGUCCAUGUUUCUUAUUAUAAUGUCUGGAAUCGGUGACUCUGGGCAAGGUCUGGCAAACGGGUUGAUCUUUGUGUUUCUUACUAGCAGCGUCAGGGACAAGUUUUUGCCUAGAUGCUUGAAGAAGUGCAAGCACACCAUUCACAUUAAUGCAGAAGAAAGAUCGCUGGUUCUCAGUAGCGAUAAACUUGAUGAAGAAGCGAGAAGAGUAUCCCCUAACAGUAUAGUGACGCCAACAUCAUCUUUAUACUAGAACCAUUCACUAAUGGCUAAUCAAUCAUCAUCAUCAUCAUCAUCAGUUGUAUAAUACAAUACAUUUAUAAAUAAUUAAUUAAAAUAAAUUUGCAUAUUAUAUUUUUACAGUUGAUCUGACAGUUAAGAGCAGGUCCUUUUUAGACCAUUUCCUAUCACCCAUAGGAACACCUGUAUCUUUGAUACUUGCAAGUAUUGAAUCCAGUAAAUCCAUUUGCCUUUUCUGUUCUGCUUCCCUCAUUUCAUCAAUCUCCCACUGACGACUUCUCAGUUUUGUUUGUA